AUGCCUAAGACGGGUGGCGGCGGUAGCGGCGGGGCUGCAGGCGGGUUGAAAUUCACGGUGGCGGACACUUGCGAGAGGAUCAAAGAGGAAUUCAAUUUCAUCCAGCAGCAGUACCACUCACUGAAACUCGAGUGUGAGAAGUUGGCCAGCGAGAAGACUGAGAUGCAGAGGCACUACGUUAUGGUAAGGCACUUUUAUUACGAGAUGUCUUACGGCCUUAACGUCGAAAUGCACAAGCAGACAGAAAUCGCCAAGAGGUUAAACGCAAUAAUCGCGCAAGUGCUUCCGUUCCUGGCGCAAGAGCAUCAGCAGCAGGUGGCCAACGCCGUGGAGAGGGCGAAGCAAGUCACCAUGUCCGAACUGAAUGCCAUUAUCGGGCAGCAACAGCAGCAAGGUCUUCAGCAGCUUUUGCAACAGAUCCAUGCGCAGCAGCUGCCCCAUGGCGCGGUGGUCGGUGGUCUUCCGCCGGGCGGUCUUCUGGGCUUCGCAGGUGCGGCCGCGGCGGCCGCAGCCGCGGGUGUGCCACCGCACUUGGCGCCGCCGCCGCAUCCCGCGGCCGCAGCUGCGGUCCAGGCACAGGCGCAAGCGCUGCUAAAACCCGCCGAUCUGCAGCAGCAUCGCGCGGCCGCGGAGACGCCUGAAGAUCGUAAGCCGAUCGCGCUGCCGGAUGAGAGGCUCGGCCAUCGUUCGGUCUCGCCACCUGAGAAAUUUCGCAGCCGCACGCCCGACCUCGAGAGUGACCCCAAGAGACGGAAGGAGGAGAAGCUAGGACACGAGAGCGACGCUGAGAAGAGCGAUCAGGACUUGGUUGUCGACGUAGCGAACGAGGAGGCGUCGUCACCGCACGCGAACGGAGAGCACUCGGAUCCACGUGAGAACGGCACCCUAGAGAAGUUGGGCGCACCUGGUCAUGUUGGCGGACCGGCAUCCGGCGCGGGUUCGGCAUCCGUAAAGGACAGGCCGCCGUCGCGAAGCGGUAGCUCAUCCGCCCGCAGUACACCGUCUCUGAAAAGUAAAGAUGUCGACAAGCCGGGUACACCUGUGGCGGCGGCGAGGGGCUCGCGCAGUUGUACGCCAACUAUGGGCGGCAUCCCUGGGCCCUUGGCAUCGCGGGUCUAUCAUCCGCCAUCGUCGCAGCAAACGCCACCGCAGGGUUAUCAGGGCUUGCCAUCCCGCGGCAAUGAGCCGCCGCAGUCGCCCUCGCCAUACAGCAACUUGCCAUACGCGAGGCCCUCUAUGCUCGGUUUCGAUAGUCACGUGAAAAUAUCCGCGAGUAAUGGACUGAGCAACAUCGCAGGCGGCAAACCUGCGUAUUCCUAUCACAUGAACGGCGAGGGCCAACUGCAACCCGUACCAUUCCCCAUGGAUGCUCUAAUAGGACCGGGCAUACCGCGUCACGCGCGCCAGCUUAAUUCUCUGACUCACGGCGAAGUGGUGUGCGCCGUUACGAUCUCGAAUCCGACCAAGUACGUUUAUACCGGCGGCAAGGGAUGCGUCAAGGUUUGGGAUAUCAGCCAGAGCAUCGGCACUACCAGCGUAAAACCGGUUUCGCAGCUAGAUUGCUUGCAACGUGACAAUUACAUUAGAUCUGUUAAACUGCUACCUGACGGCAGGACUCUUAUAGUCGGCGGAGAGGCCAGUCAGUUAAGCAUUUGGGACUUGGCCAGUCCAACACCCAGGAUCAAGGCGGAGUUGACCUCGUCAGCGCCCGCUUGUUACGCGCUCGCAAUUUCGCCAGAUUCGAAAGUCUGUUUUAGCUGUUGCAGCGACGGGAACAUUGCUGUGUGGGAUUUGCAAAAUCAGACAUUGGUGAGGCAGUUUCAGGGUCACACAGACGGCGCGUCUUGCAUCGAUAUCUCUGCCGACGGGUCCAAGUUGUGGACCGGCGGUCUGGAUAACACCGUGCGCUCCUGGGACCUUCGCGAAGGCAGGCAGCUUCAGCAGCACGACUUCACUUCGCAAAUAUUCUCUCUCGGUUAUUGUCCUACUGGCGAGUGGCUGGCCGUUGGAAUGGAAAACUCGAAUGUGGAAGUGCUUCACGCAACCAAGUCUGACAAGUACCAGUUGCAUCUGCAUGACUCCUGCGUGCUGUCGCUGCGUUUUGCCUCAUGCGGCAAAUGGUUUGUUUCCACCGGCAAGGAUAACUUGCUGAACGCGUGGCGCACGCCAUACGGUGCUUCAAUAUUUCAGUCUAAGGAGUCGUCGUCAGUGCUGAGUUGCGACAUUUCCGCGGAUGAUAGGUACAUCGUGACUGGAUCCGGUGAUAAGAAGGCCAGUGUAUACGAAGUGAUUUACUAAGCCUAUUUCCAAUAAAGAGAGAGACUUGCCUUCCCUCCCCCCUCUUGGUAACGUUAAGAUCACAAACUUUUGUGUACUCUCUUCUCUUUUUUCAAAGAAGAGAAACGUGAGAGGUUCCCGAAAUCGGGACUCUCGGCAGCCUUAGGACCUUAGACUGCGCGAUUCAAAACUGUGUACAUAUUUCACGUACGCGAAUCUAUAUUGUAACGCAGAACCAGCGCAGCUUUGCACUUUAGAGGCGCCGGUUGUGACGUUCAAGCCUACCGCGUUAUAAUUUUUUUUAUAUAAAGUUUAUUUACCCCUACAAUUUAAUACACGAAUAACUGCUUUAUGGCUCUGUGCGUUUUGUUUUAAUUUUUAGUCAUUUGUCUUGUUUCCUAAUUUGUUUAACUUCUAGUUUAUAGGCAGAUGAUACUCGAGCUCAGCUUGAGCAAAAAAUAAAUUUAUUAAUUUAUAUACAAAAUAAUAUAAUUGAAAUAUAAUGUGUAAUAAAAUAUUUAAU